AUGAUUGUAUUACAACACAGUGAGAUAAUAACAUCAUUUGAAAAGAGCAUAAUUCAAAAGGUCCAUCGACAUAGUAAUAGAUUGUACGCCAAUGUGUGUGGUGUUGUGUCCAAAAAUGCAAUAGAUCACAUUGCGGCAGAGUUUGAUCGCGUGAAGUAUGUAGGUAUAGAUAAGUCUGAAUGUCGUUGCACAGUUAGGAGAACACAUGGUCUACCUUGUGCAUGUGAGAUAGCCAGGUACAGUAUGAUCCCCUGUUCCAUUCCGUUAGACUACAUUCAUAUUUGGUGGACUGAAUUAACUUUUCAUGAUGAUGGAUCGGGUAAACCUUCAGAAUUAUCUGUGAAACAUGAAAUAGAAGUGAUAGUGAAAAAGUUUGAUAAACUUGAUGUACUUGGAAAAAUUGCACUUAAAGGUAAAUUACGUGAGAUCGCGUAUCCAUCGACUACGUCGAUGUGUCCACCUGUUGAUAAGGUUAAAACAAAUGGUGCACCUAAAAAAGGAAAAAGUAAGGUAUCAAAAAGAGAUAAAUCAACCACGCGUGAUCCAUCUUGGUGGGAAUAUGUGGAUACAAGUGUUCGAUGCAACAGUACAAAUGCAUUCAAAAAGCUCACACCUCGACCAUCAGUCAACAAAGUUCAACAACCGAGAGUUCUUAUCUUCAAGGAUUGGUUGCCAGUUGAAAUUCACAAAUUCAUAGAUGACAUUAUUGAUGUGGGCGAGGAUGGUAAUUGUGGAUAUCGUGCAGUUGCAGCUUUACUUAGAAUGGGUGAAAACUUUUGGGCAUUCAUUCGUCAAGAGUGUGUGGUAGAGCUUCAAGAAUUCAUGUCUCAUUACGAGAUAAUAUAUGGAGGACAAAUUUUUGUUCAACAAUUUAUACACAAUGUAUAUGUUGAACAUGUUGCAACUUUGGAUAAUUGGAUGACACUUCCAGAAAUGGGACAUGUGAUUGCUUCGAAAUUUAACUUGGUUUUCGUCGCAUUAUCACUUAACCAAUCACAAACAUUUUUUCCACUUAGAAUUCCACCACCAACACUUAUUUCAGAUCAUCGUAUGAUAGUUAUUGCAUUUGUUAAUAAUUGUCAUUUUGUGCGGGUUUAUUUAAAGCCAAAUUCUCCUAUACCAUCACCAAGUAAUUUGUGGAGAAAAAAUUGCACAGAAGAAGCACGUCAAUGA